AUGAGCGAUGUCAAUAUGGUUCAUCGCAGCCCUCAAGGCAUCGAAGGCCCUCCUAGGACCACUCCCGGGGGAAUAAACUACGAAGAAAGAAUACCAGGCAGUUAUCCAGAUGGGAGGCCGUCUUCGCGUCCUGCUCCAAACGCUCAUCACCCCCCAAACCCUCCGCCCCGGCCUGGCAGUGCCGGUGUACCACCGGGGGAGAACAGCGGGCAGCGGAGAGGGGGAUCUAUCCCUCCAAAGCGAGGUAUUUCGACGGAACAUGGUGUACAGUUCGAAGCAAACACGGUCGCGAUCGACGAGUGGCGUAGACUAUGCGCUCAGCUCGAGAGAGAGGUGAAUGAAGAACGGCAGAAGGCACGGGAGGCCCAGGUCACAAUGCAGGGUGCCAGCGACGAUGCAGAGCACUGGCACGAACAGUACAGGGAGGAGAAGAAGAGCCAUGAGAAGGCAAGGGCCGCUCUGCAGAAAAGUACAGAGGACGCGAGAUAUUGGCAGGUCCAGCUCCAGUUGGCAACGGAGGACGACAAUGCCGAUACAGCGAAGACGCGCCAGGUGCGCAGCCAGCUGGAGGACAGCGAGAUCAUAACCCAGACCCAGCGUCUGAGACUCCAGAUUCGUGACUUUGCAGUGCUGCACGGUGAAUGCAAUGAGAACAACUUGCGUGUUUCCCCAGAGGGGCAGGCCGCUCUGGCUAAAUAUCUCCAUGCAGACAGGAAUACCCUGGGCAGCUACGUUCGGUCUGGUGCUACGCGCCCGGCUAUACUCAAGGCGUUCAUCUGGGCCUUUCUGCGAUCUGAGAUCUUUGACCGGUAUCUCUGGGCACCGCCGAGCGUGGAUGAAGCGGCGAGGUCGUUGCGCCUCUACUUGGAAGCGAUGGAUGCAAAGCACACGGCUAGCGUAGCUCCAGAGGCACAGCAAAGGUUCCACAUAUGGAGAGCUGAGACAAGCGGCCUCAUACUCGACGCAAAGAAUCUUAAGGAUAAGAGAAAGGCAGAGCACAGCCAUCGAAGCGCCAUCGCAAAGACUGCCCAGAGUCUUGCUGGCCACCUGAAAUACAUAACACCGGCAAAGAGCGACAAGUUUAUCACAUCUCUCGAGAGGCUCAUCGACUCGGCGUUCAGCCUCGACCAGAUAUUCAGCCAGCAGGUCGCCAGAUGGAGCUGGUACUUCCUCUCCUCAAGCCCUUGCAAUUUCGACCCGGAUAUGAUGGACAUGGUGGACUGCACGAUGCAGCCUGGCCCAGAGCGCCUCGUCUACUUGACACUGGCCCCAGCUCUCGUCAAGCGAGGCCGGUCUUCUGGUGACGAGUUCGACCUGGCUCCUGAAGUCCGACUGCAGAUGGAAGUUGAUGGCCAUAUUCCAGGUGCACACCCUUCGCAGAAUGCGCAGAAUACGAACACUACACACUCUUCAUACGCUGCGCCCCCCGCGCAUGUGCCAGCCUCGCACACGCAGACCCCGCAGACCACGAAACUAUCAAGGGUUUCAAAGGGCUUGCAGACAGAAGGGGCCAGUAUGUUCAAGACCUUGAAGGAUAACUGGCAGGGGAAGAAUAGAUAA